AAAAAACAUAUCAGCUUCAACAAAUUAAAUUAAAAUAAACAUUAGUUUGACCAAAAGAGUCACCUUUAAAUUACCAAUCAAAUAGCAGUUUAAUGUAGCAUAUUUGUAAACUGUAAAUAGGGUCAACAAACUCGACUCUUUAUCGAAGUUCUGAUUUAAAUGUUUCAUUCCCCUGUGAUUAUCCUAGUUUUAUCAAGUUUAAAUAAUUUAUAUUUAAAUUUGUAAGUAAAUAAUUUUAGUUUAAUGUAAUUGAUGUGUAAGUAAUGAUGGUUUAAUUAUAUUUUCUUUAACCUGUUUUUUAGAAGUCUAUUUUUGUAUGUAUUUUAACUCAAAUGAAUUUAAUUAAAUGCCCUCCUUCACGCUGGCUGGGGCUUUUAUUAUGAAGGCGAUGGUAGCAGCUGCUUCCGGCGCUUGUGUUUGUGUGGCUCGGCUUGGCUCGGCUCGACUCGGCCCAGAUCAGACCAACGGCAGCAACAGCUGUACUGAGAACCUGCAGGGAGGAACCAUGGCGGCUCCAGCUCUUUCCGGUCGGACCGGUUCGGUGGGAAGUCUCGGUAACAGCCCCACAUCCACGGCCGCUGGGAGGCUACCCCACGGGGGCUCCGGGCCCGAGCUGGACUUUAGGUCCGCGGCCCGCAUGGAGGACCUGAACCGGCUCAUCCAGGAUUUCAGCAAGCACGACCAGCGGGAGUACGACGACCAGCGGGCUCUGGAGAUCCACACGGCCAAGGACUUCAUCUUCUCCAUGCUGGGAAUGGUUCAGAAACUGGACCAGAAGCUCCCUGUCGCCAAUGAGUACCUGCUCCUUUCUGGAGGCAUUCGGGAAGGUGUGGUGGACAUGGACCUGGAUGAACUGAGCGUCUACGCCCGCGGCACAGACUACGACAUGGACUUCACUCUGUUGGUCCCUGCACUCAAACUCCACGACCGUAACCAGCCGGUGACCCUGGACAUGAGGCAUUCAGCGCUGGGCCACUCCUGGCUCAGCCUCCGGCUCUUUGACGAAGGAACCAUCAACAAGUGGAAGGACUGCUGCACUAUUGUCGACCACAUCAACGGGACCACUAACUACUUCUUCUCCCCAACACUGGUAGCCGACUGGUUCUACCAGUCCAUCUCUCUUGUGCUGCUGGAGGUGCAGAAGAAGCCACAGAGAGGGAUGCCAAGGGUGGAGAAGGUAGAGCGAAACGGGACCAUCAUUUCUGUUAUCCUGGGUGUCGGCAGCAGCCGGAUGCUCUACGACAUCAUCCCCGUGGUGUCGUUUAAAGGCUGGCCGGCAGUGGCUCAGAGCUGGCUGAUGGAAAACCACUUCUGGGACGGGAAGAUCACAGAGGAGGAGGUCAUUAGCGGCUUCUACCUUGUCCCCGCCUGCUCCUACAAAGGUCGCAAGGAGAACGAAUGGCGACUGUCAUUCGCCCGCAGCGAGGUGCAGCUGAAGAAGUGCAUCUCAUCGAGCCUGAUGCAGGCGUACCAGGCCUGCAAGGCCAUCAUCAUCAAGCUGCUGUCCCGGCCCAAAGCCAUUAGUCCCUACCACCUGCGCAGCAUCAUGCUGUGGGCCUGCGACCGUCUCCCCGCCAACUACCUGGCUCAGGAUGACUUCUCCGCCCACUUCCUGCUGGGCCUGAUUGACGACUUGCAGCACUGUCUCGUCAACAAGAUGUGUCCCAACUACUUCAUUCCUCAAUGCAACAUGUUGGAGCACCUGUCUGACGAAACAGCCAUGCUGCACGCCCGCAAACUGUGCUCGGUGCGCUCUGACCCAGCUGAGCACCUUCGCACCACCAUCGAGCACGCCAAGGCCGCCAAUAGGUUGACGGUGGAACUGCAGUGGCGAGGCAGCUCCACCAACCUGCCCUCGCCGCAGUCCGACGCCGGCGGUGAGAACCAGCCUGACGAUCGGUUGGCCAAGAAGCUUCAGCAGCUGGUGACAGAGAAUCCCGGAAAGUCCAUCUCGGUGUUCAUCAAUCCAGACGACGUCACGCGGCCACACUUCCGCAUCGACGACAAGUUCUUCUGAGGCUGAGAGACAUUCCUCCAGAGGUUCUCCGCCUCCUCCCGUCUCCCUCACCCGCUGCCCCCUGCCUCUGAAACUUUCUUUUUUUACUUUUUUUAUGUUUCCUGCCACAAAGUGAUCGUCUAGUUGUCUGCCACACUUUCUUAUUUUUUUAUUUUUAUUUUUAUACUCCCCUCUGCCCUGGUCUUUCACCGUGUGACCUGUGUUUUUUACCUUCUCAAUGCCUUUUAAACUGACAGUUUGUUCUUAAAACUAAAGGAAGGGACUGAAAUCCACCUCAUGAUCCAAAUGCUGGUCCUGGAAAAAAGUUGAUACUUAUUAGGGAUCCUGGAAAAGAAACAAACACUUAAAUUUCCCAAAUAAAUCCGGUUUAUUCGGGUUCUGUUGAAAUCUAGUCUGAUUGGGAAGACAUGAAACAUCUGUUGUUUAGCGAGUGAUAUAAACAGGACAAGAAGGUGGUACCUUUUCAGACGUUCUUGUGUUGUUUUGGAACCGGGAGUGGACCCAGCAGAAAUCCCUGUAGAGGUGGAUUUUGUCUCUCUGAGGAAUGUCUUAGAUGUUUCUGCAGGGCGAUGAUGGUACUAACGUCUUAGAAACUAACUGUAAAUAGAAGAAAAAUUGACUGAAGAGUGUAGAAAAUAUACUAAUGAUCAUUUGUGGGCUACUUUUUGUCUAAUUUUGCACAGAAUGUAAAAAUCACCACUUUGCUCCUGAUUGUUGACAUCCUGGUUUUUAAGCGAACUUCCAUGUGAGCAGAGAGGCGACACUGUGCUGAUGGGGCUUCUACCUGCUGCAGGUAACAGAUUGGAGAGCAAACACUAGUCUGCUGUUGUUCCUCUUUAAAUAGUUGGUUCCUGUUGUGCUUCUUUGAGUUCUUGUGAAGGAAAACAUACAGCAGGAACCAGUGGACACUGAUCUCUUCCACUUUUAUAUUCCUUAUACACAAAAAGGCAGAACAUUCUGAACCCAAACAACAUCUCAACCUCUGAGGUGCAAAAGUGACACCAGGAUACCUAAUGUUCUGGGAGCUGUUGGGACGUUUAUCCUCAUCGUGUCCAUCUUGAUUUUUCUCACAACCCAACAAAACCCAAACAAAAGUAAAGUUAUUAAAUAAAAGAAAAUAAUCAAAUGUAAAUCUGAUAAAUUAAAAUUGUUCAGUUAUAACUGAACUUUGUCUGUACCACCACUAACUGGCUCCUUUCCAUUAGUAGCUGCUCACGUGAUUCGAAUCGUUUUCUAUUACAAUGGACCACCAGGUCAACCUGAGAGGGGUCAUCACAGCAAGGUGACGAAAAAAGUGACGAGAUGUGAUCUGAAUGUGACAAACCAUCGUCUAGCUCCCUCUGUGUUUACUCAUCAGUCACCAACACAAUGUCUGCACCUACAUGUUGGACCACGGAGCUGAUCUCAGUGGUUCCUUCUUCCUUAAAGCUCAGCAUACGCUCAGUCGCUGCUGUGAGUUUUAAAAAAUGGCGGCAUUGAUUCUUGUGACAGCGUCGCUCCAGUGAUGGUACCGCCUAGCAGUCAAUACCCAGCAGUCUUUAGACGUCACAUUUUUAGCUUGGCUCCGCCCACGUGGAACCCUGGCCAAGAAGAUACUAAAAAAGGAGCUGGUACCAGGUACCAGAACCCAGUAGAAAACCCUACAAACCAAGUGGAGCUGAGCUGAGUAGAUUCUGGUGGAAAAUGGGCUAAUGACUGUAUCAGUAGUGACACCUAAGUGAAAGUUACACUUUGCUGUUGUCACAAUUAAUUUGCAAAAUUACCAAAAUAAAAACAAUAUGACGACGAUUUGAGAAGGAAGCUACUGCCUGGAAGUCCAUCAAGCACCAGGUUUCUUCUGCCUGGCCCAUUUGGGCCAGAGUCUGGAGCUGAAUUGAUGAUGGAUAAGAAAGAAUAAGCUGCUGAUAUACCGGUUUCCAUGGUGAUUCCCUCCUCUUCAACACACUUCAUCAACAAGUUAAGCUUCAAACAAACAGUGUGUGAAAACUGAGUUAUUCCUGAACAUCUGUAUGUGUCUGCAGUGGUUUAUGCAGGAGAUCUGAUGGAUUUAAUCCAAAGCGGACGUCAAUUAGAUAGUGGGCGUGUCUUUCUGCAUUCUGGGCUCUGAUUGGACUGUAGUAGUCCCAGAAUUCCCACAGCAAUGGGAGACACACCUGCUGGAAAGAGACAGAAGCAUCCAGGACUGGAUGGAGAAACUGGACAUGUGGCCAUGAAAGACACUUGAAUCAGAAAGUUUCUAAAUAUUUCACAUGGUCACACUCUAAAAAGAGAUCCAAAUGAGCCAGGGAAAGUCCGACCUUCUGUGAGUCGUUUAAACAUUGAAUGAUUCUGGUUCUGCUGGAACCAGAAAUCCCACUAACUUCUCUGGGUUGAAAACGGUACCAGUUAAAACGUUGUGUUUGUGUGAAAGUGGAAGAGUCAGCCAGUUCACCUGCAUGAAGGCCCUCCAUCAGCUGCAGUGUCACAGGUCUUCUGCUCCUUUAGACGUUCUCACCACGUUCCUGUUCUGAUGGUGAGAGUUUGUUGUUUUUCCACAGGAACUUCCUGUUUUAUAAGCUAACUCUGUGUUUUAAAGUGAAGGGUUCAGUUCAUCUCUGCUUCAACCAGCUCAGGAUGAAACAUUUAAUGUUUUUGUUGAGCAGAACCUGGUACCACAUGAAGCUCUCGGACCUUCUACGAAGCUCUUCAGACUCCUAAACCAAGCAUCUUCCAGACUCAUUUGCAUCAGUCAGGCCCUCGGCGGCUCAUCCUGAGCUGGUUGUUUCCGAUCCAAGCUGCUCCCAGAUUUACUGUUUAUGUCCCAAACUUCUCCAGAAAAUGCCAAAAAAAAAUCUCCCGCGGAUGUCUGGCCAGUAAUGUAGUCUCCACAUAUCCUCAUCCUCAAGUGCAAUUAGUGAAUGUACACAAACACGCGUAGCAUGAAAACACUCGCAGGUUUGGACAGCUCAGCUCCUCCACAAACUCACUCAGAGUCUGAAGCCAUCAAAGUGCCACACACACACACACACACUCACACUCCUGCUCGGUGGAAAUGUACUCGGUGUGUUUUCUGACCUGAUAACCUGUUGGACUGUGACUCUUUGUGUUCUCUGUAUUUUGCUGCUCUGCUUCUUUCUGAUGAUGGAUUUUCUGUGAACUCAGAUGGUUGAUCUCCUUCCUGGUUGAGAACAUCCUGCACUGUAACACCAGAGUCUUCAUAAACACAUCUAACCUGA